AUACCCACUCACAACCACUCACCCAAAUACCUUCUUGAUUCUCCAGAAGCUAUAUACCGGCCUCAUAUGUCUCAACUUCACCAUGCCCCAACAAUCGACUCUGAGUUUUCGACCAUUUUCUCCUCGUAGCAAUAGAUUGGCUGACAAAGCAUCAUCACGUGCCCAGGCUCCUGACGCGCCGCGUUCACGCGACGCAGAUCUGCACAACCUGCAUUCUAAUCAGCCAACAAUGCCCGCGAUGGAGCUUUCGAAAGAUGUCCCUGAUUCUACCGACUGGCUCCCCACUGCGAUUCCUGCCUUCUCACAUCUCGAAGCCGCGCUCCGCUGCGAAGUAUGCAAAGAAUUCUACAAUAACCCCGUUACCACCUCGUGCGCCCACACUUUUUGCAGCCUAUGCAUACGCAGAUGCAUUUCGGUCGACGGAAAAUGCCCUUCCUGCAGGAGCAUAUGUCAGGCCGACAAAUUGGUUAUGAACAUUGCAAUCAGAGAGGUUGUAGCGAAGUGGCAGGACGCGCGCGCGGAUGCCCUGGAGCUUGCAAGAGACAAAGGCAGUGCUAGUGACAGUGGGAAGAAGAGAAAAGUGGACGACACAGAUUUGGAAGACGAUAAAGAACCAAUACGGCAGACGAGGGCUAGGAGUACACGGAGUGGUCGCUCAGCUGGUGCCCCGAAUCCGUACGCUACUGUGGAAGACAGCGGAGGAGAGAGAGACGAGUAUUUGCCGGCGGGUUUCGUCAGAUGCCCUAUGUGCAGUACUGUCAUGAAACAAGAGUUAGUGUUUGAUCAUGUUGAGGUUUGCACCGGAGAAAACACAAAUCGUACGACACGUUCGAGUAAAUUGAAUCACGUCCUCAAAGAUGAAGGAAAGCAACCCCAUUUAAAAGAGCCGACCGCACCGGUGAAACGUAUGGCCGGCCUCAAUUAUGCCAUGCUCUCGGAAGCGGCGUUGAGGAAGAAGUUGAAAGAACUGGGGAUACCAAACAGCGGCUCGAAACCUGUAAUGGUUAGACGGCAUCAAGAAUGGAUCAAUAUUUUUAACUCGAAUUGCGAUGCGGCAGAAAAUGUUCGGAAGACUGAACGAGAGCUGCUCAGAGAACUAGAGGGAUGGGAGCGGGCCCAAGGUGCUAGCACCGCAACCAUCAUGAAGAAGGAUUUCGAUGGGACAGGCCAUGGCAUAGCACAUAAGAGUCAUUUCGAUAAACUGGUCGAAGAGGCAAGAGCAAAAGCGAAAAAACGGCCGCAAUCGGAAACGCGGAUUGAGGGACGUCCCGAAACAGAACGACCACAAGCGUACAAAGACAAUGAAGUUGCGUUUUUAAACAUUGGGCAGGGGGUCGAGGGAUUAAAUGCUCCUGGCGGACGCUGCUUCUAG